AUGGCGGCAAACUCGGGAGAUUAUAAGACUUACUGGGUAAAGAACUAUGUCUUAUUCUGCUUCAUCUUGUUUUCUGUACCUAUGGGGAUAUCAGACCAAGACAAGAAUGGCGGUUCUGUUCUGAAUCUUGAGAUUCGGAAGCUUAUGAACCAGUUGAACAGACUAGCUAGCCCUGAUGGUGAUAUAAUCGAUUGCGUUCAUAUUUUAAAUCAGCCAGCUUUCCAGAAUCCGAAGCUCAGGGAUCACAAAAUUCAGAUGAGACCAAGUUUUCAUCCAGAAGGAAUGAUGUUUGAAGAAAAUGAAGCAUCAUCUUCAAGGCAAAAGCCAAUUUCUCAGUUGUGGCACCAAAGUGGAAGUUGCCCAGAAGGAACCAUUCCUAUAAGAAGAAUAACAGAAGAAGACAUCUUAAGAGCAGAAUCUAUCCGAAGAUUUGGGAAGAAGAACCACAAGAGCAUUCCUGACUUCACAUCUUUUAAAACUGGAGCUCAACACCAGGUGAAUCCACAGCUAUAUGGAGAUAAGAACACAAGACUUUUUACAUUUUGGACAGCAGAUUCAGGUCAAAGUAUGGGAUGUUUUGAUAUGCUUUGCUCUGGCUUUGUUCAACUUAACAAUGGAGUAGCUGUAGGAGCCUCCAUCCAACCGUUGUCUGUCUAUGGCGACCUUAAAUCCCAAUUUGAUAUAACCAUCCUUAUUUGGAAGGAUCCAAUCAAUGGAGAUUGGUGGAUGCAAUAUUGGAGAGAUACAGUGGUGGGAUAUUGGCGGUCGUCUUUGUUUGGACGCCUCUCUGAUGGGGCAACGACGAUACUGUGGGGAGGUGAAGUGUUAAACUUAGCAUCUGAAGAUGGGAAACACAGCAUAACACAAAUGGGAAGUGGACACUUUGCUGGGGAAGCUCAAGGGAGAGGAAGUUAUUUCAGGAGCAUCACAAUUGUGAAUGGCAAAAACCAAUCUGUGCCUCCUCCUAAUGGUGUUGCCACUUACUCUGACCAUGUCAACUGCUACAAUGUGAAAAUGGCAUCUUCUGAUGAUGAACUUGGAGCCUACUUCUAUUUUGGUGGUCCAGGAAGAAAUCCUGAUUGCCCUUGA